AUGCAGUCGCUCCAGCUCUCGCGCAAGAGGGCCUACGUCUUUGGCCGCUCACGCGAAAGGGCGGACUUCGCCGUGCCAGACGAGUCCGUGUCUCGCAGCUUCCUCGACACGGGCGCCGGCUGGGAGCGGCUGUCGCCGCACAAGCCGACGCGCGUGCCGUGCGGCGCAAAGAUCAAGCUCGGCGAUUGCGACACGGUGCUUACGACCAUCCUGCCGAGCACGCCCGCCGUCGAUGUCGCGGCGGCGCGCAAGGCGAAGGCGGAGGCGUUGCCGUUCCCCGAGCUCAGCAACAGCGACUUUCGGAACGCGUUGCUGCCCUUCCUUGCCUCGAAGAAGGCGAACGGCGAGGGCGAGGGCGAGGACGGGGGCGACCGCAAGCGCAAGAAGAAGAAGAAGCGGAGGCGCGGCGACGACUCGGACGAUUCCGACGCAGAACCCCCGCCCCCCCUGAAGCUCGACAAAGCGGCCGCCGCAGUCGACCCCGGCGGCGGAUUUGUGCUGCGCAAGCAGAAGGCGCAGCCUGGCAAGCGCGGGCCCACGAGCAGCAAGAAGGAGCCGAAGAUCAAGUUUUGA